ACGACAAACUCAUCGGUCAUCUUUGAACAUGAGAUGUGAGAUAACGAUUACGACUCAAACAUUUUUGAUCUAUUAGUUUUCUUUUCAGUGAGUGUGCAAUAACAUAAAUAUUAUCGAAAUGGGGUCGUUAAUAAGUUUGUUGUCAAAUGUUAUGUACUUAUCAGAAAAGUUAACAAUGUAUUUGGCGUGUACAGGAUUAGUAACUUGUUUGGUGAUUACGUUUAUUGUUAGUUUGGGAAUGGGCGUCGGUCUCGGAUACAAUUACUGCUUCGUGGAUCUGAAGACAAAAGUCAAAUAUGUUCCAAGUCAUUAUCAAUACAAAGGAAGUGCUCGGUAUCAUUACGUAAAAGAAGGAGCACCAGAUCCCCUGACACAAACCAGAGACGAAGCAGAAGAAGAUGGUUUAAGAUAUCGGAUAGCACCACCAGAAGAAGAAGACAUAGAGAGCACAACUUUUCUUAACAUGUUGAUGGUACAGCUUGGCAAUAAUGCGACUCCAUUUUUUGUAUAUAAAACGUCGACACCUGAUGAUAACGAUGAUGACGACUUCACAGUUACUCCGUCAAAUACAACUUCCAUUGCUAACGCCUCACGCGACAGUGCUGAGGAUUAUAGUGAGACUACUGUUUCUAGUUUAGAAGACAAUAUUAACGAACUUGACGAGCCUACCCCAGAGGCUCCAAUUAAUAGUAGUAAUUCUAACAUUAAGAGAGUAAAGAAACUUGUCAUACCAGUCAAUAGUUUAGACUUGAUUAAUCUUCUAUCCAAACUGAAAGCCGAAAACAAAAACUAUUCACUCGAGAUUGUUACAACCUGAUAAUGUUUAUUUUUAAGCUAUUUACAACGUUUUUUUUAUGUGAAUCUGUUGAUAUUUUACGUUUAUAUUUUAAGUUUUGUAGUGAUGCUCAUUUAUUAAUUUUAUAGUUUAUCAUUUUUGUCCAUUUAAAUAUAUUUUUUAUUUGUAUGCAGUAUAUUUACAAGGUUUUUGAUUUUAAUAUGAAUCUGCUAUAUGUGAUAUUUUAUAUACACACUUAAGUUUUGUAGUGAGGCUCAUUUAUUGAUUUUUUAGUUUGUUAUUGUACAAAUAUAUUUUUAAUUUGUAUUCAGUUUUUUUAUUGUUCUGUUACUUAAAUAUCGAAUCACUACUUCCUUAUCAAUGUCAUGUUUCCAAACCCACAUUUUGCUGCUUUUUUACAUCUGUUCAUGACUUGACAACUGACAAUUAAGAUCCUGGAAAGAUUUGUCUUACUGUA